AUGGCAGCAACUGUCGCUCAACCACCAGUGAAUGGUGAUGCGAAACCCUCUUCUCCAGUUGACUUGUCCACCAUUCCUAUCUCACCAGAGGGCGGCAACACGGAUGAGAACAAGAAGCCCAACGGGGAGAAGGCAGAUGGCGAGCAGAUCACGGUCUUCCAUGACAAGGACAACUUCAAUGUCAAGCACCCACUGAUGCACAAGUGGACUCUCUGGUUCACAAAGCCACCCAGUGGCAAGGGUGACAACUGGAAUGAUCUGCUCAAGGAGGUCAUCACUUUCAACUCUGUCGAGGAAUUCUGGGGUGUCUAUAACAACAUUGCCCCCGUCUCCGAAUUGGCCCUUAAAUCCGACUACCACCUUUUCAAGGAAGGAGUUCGACCGGAAUGGGAGGACCAGCAAAACAAGCACGGUGGAAAAUGGUCCUAUCAAUUCAAGGAUAAGCGCAACAUUCCUAUCGAUGAGCUCUGGCUCCACGUUAUGCUUGCAGCAAUCGGCGAGACACUCGAGGAAGAGGGCGACGGAGAACUCAUGGGCGUCGUCGUGAAUGUCAGAAAGGGCUUCUACCGUAUCGGUAUCUGGACCCGUACAAUUGGCAAGAGCAUUCCAGGUGGCGGUGAUGGCGAUGUUGCUGGUGGCAAGGGCCGAUCCACUGAGAAGGGCAAGGAAGUUCUCAUGAAUAUUGGCCGAAAGUUUAAGGAGGUCUUGAGGCUACCUUCUUCCGAGGUUGUCGAUUUCUCCGGUCAUACAGAGAGUGCUCACAGUGGAAGCACACGAGCCAAGGCCAAGUACACGGUCUAG